CUUUAUACGAUAUUCAGAAAUUUGUUUUGAGAAUUUAAUUUGCAGUUCUUUGAUUGCUAAGAAAGUUUAACAAACAUCUGUACUAAAUUAAUUAAGUUCUUAACAAUUUAAACAUGCUCCGCAAAUUCGGAAUACAAGUGGGCCAGCAUAUUGGCCAACAUUUACGUUCGGCGCCUCGCCGCAUGUUUAGCUCAACAAAAGCAUUGUACAAAGAGACCCCAACUAACGCCGAAAAGGAACCGGAACAGCCCCCAAGCAUAAUUAUCGAGAAGGAUAAAAAUAUAACUUUAAUCGGCAUAAAUCGUCCACAGCAACGCAAUGCCAUUGACUCGACAACCGCCUCGAAGCUUUGUGAGGCCUUCUCCGCCUUCGAGGCGGACGAUACAUCGCCGGUGGCGGUCCUCUAUGGUGUGGGUGGAUCGUUCUGCUCGGGAUUUGAUAUACUUGAGAUCAGCACUGACGAGAAGGAGGAGAUAAGCGUUGAUAUUCUGAUGCGCCCUGAGGGAUCUGUGGGACCCACUCGUCGCCACAUUAAAAAGCCGGUCAUUUGCGGCAUCAAUGGCUAUUGCAUAGCCAAUGGCCUGGAGCUGGCGCUCAUGUGCGAUUUGCGCGUCAUGGAGGAGUCCGCUGUGCUGGGCUUCUUCAAUAGGCGCUUUGGUGUACCCAUGCUUGAUGGUGGCACUGUGCGUCUGCCCGCCAUGAUUGGACUGUCACGCGCGCUGGAUUUGAUACUCACUGGACGACCAGUGGGCUCACAGGAGGCGCACGAUAUCGGUCUAGUGAACCGCAUUGUGCCCACCGGCACAGCGUUGGGCCAUGCCCUAGAGCUGGCCGCGUGCUUGUCCAAAUUUCCGCAGCGCGCACUCAAUCAUGAUCGCAACUCCGUCUACUCGGCCUCGUUUGAGACAUCAACGUUCCACCAGGCGGUGCAGAACGAGGUCAUGUAUACGUCUCGCGAGAUCAUCGAAGACAUGCAGAACGGCAUCAAGUGGUUCAAUAACACGUUCAAGGCAGAUACCACACACUCGUGGCUAAAGCGUGAUCGUUCCAUGGCUGAUUGGGAUGACGAAGAUGUGGCCAUGGCAGCUGCUCAGAAAGAGGUCAAGAAACAGCAGGAAGAGGCAGCCAUUGUUGAGGCUGAGAAACAGAAGCAGGCGGAGAAGACCAAAAGCAAAUCUAAGAAAGCAGCCGAACCAAAACCUGUUGAAAAAUCGAAAAAGGACAGCAGUGACAAUAGCGAACCUGAUUCAACUGAAAAGCCCAAAGAUAAAUAAGA